UUCAGCAGGGGCCUCGGCUCCGCAACUGCCACUCCUCGGGGUGUUGCACAAGUUUCGAGGUCACCGGCGACCCCCCCUAGCAGCGCGCCUGGCUCUGGCCCCCGCGAAGGAGGACGGGGCUUGUGUGUUGCAUACUUUCUAAGGCGGCGGCGACAGCGGCAGUGCGGCAGCGGCGGCUCCAUCCAGCCCAUCGGCCUCUCCUCGGCAUGGCUGGCUACCUGAGUGAAACGGACUUUGUGAUGGUGGAGGAAGGUUUCAGCACCCGAGACCUGCUGGAGGAACUCACUCUGGGGGCCUCACAGGCCACCAUGGGGGAGGUCACUGCCUUCUUCGUGGCCGACCUGGGUGCGGUAGUGAGGAAGCACUUCCACUUUCUGAAGUGCCUGCCUAGAGUCCGGCCCUUUUACACUGUCAAGUGCAACAGCAGCCCGGGCGUGCUGAAGGUCCUGGCUGAGCUGGGGCUGGGCUUCAGCUGUGCCAACAAGACAGAGAUGGAGCUGGUCCAGCGUAUUGGUGUCCCUGCCAGUAAGAUCAUCUACGCGCAUCCCUGUAAGCAAAUUGCGCAGAUCAAGUAUGCUGCCAAGCACGGGGUCCAGCUGCUGAGCUUUGACAAUGAGAUGGAGUUGGCAAAGGUGGUGAAGAGCCACCCCAGUGCCAAGAUGGUUCUGUGCAUUGCCACCGAGGACUCCCACUCCCUGAGCCACCUCAGCCUCAAGUUUGGAGCGUUGCUGAAAUCCUGCAGACAUCUGCUUCAAAACGCUAAGGAGAGCCAUGUGGAGGUGGUGGGUGUGAGCUUUCACCUCUGCAGUGGCUGUCCCGACCCUCAGGCCUAUGCUCAGUCCAUUGCAGACGCCCGAGUUGUGUUUGAAAUGGGUGCCCAGCUGGGCCACAGGAUGCAUAUCCUGGACCUUGGUGGCGGCUUUCCUGGAGUGGAGGGGGCCAAAGUGAGAUUCGAAGAGCUCGCUUCUGUGAUCAACUCAGCCUUGGACCUGUACUUCCCGGAGGGCUGUGGUGUGGACAUCCUGGCCCAGCUGGGUCGCUACUAUGUGAGCUCGGCCUUCACCUUGGCAGUCAGCAUCAUUGCCAAGAAGGAGGUUCUUCUGGAGCAGCCUGGCAGGGAGGAUGAGACCGGUUCUGUCCCCAAGACCAUCGUGUACCACCUGGAUGAGGGCAUCUACGGGCUCUUCAACUCGGUGCUGUUUGAGAACACCUGCCCCACCCCCACCCUGCCGAAGAAACCAUCCACAGAGCAGCCGCUGCACAGCAGCAGCCUGUGGGGCCCGGCGCUUGAUGGCUGUGACUGCGUAGCUGAGGGCCUGUGGCUGCCGCAACUACACGUAGGGGACUGGCUGGUCUUUGAGAACAUGGGCGCCUACACCGUGGGCAUGGGUUCCCUCUUUGGAGGGGCCCAGACCUGCCGCAUCACCUAUGCCAUGUCCCGGGUGGCCUGGGAAGCACUGCGAGAGCAGCUGCUGCCUGCAGAACAAGACGGGGACACUGAGGGCGUGUGCAAGCCUCUGUCCUGCGGCUGGGAGAUCACAGACACCUUGUGUGUGGCCCCUGUCUUCACCCCGGCGAGCAUCAUCAAAGCCUGAAAAAAUUCAACCAGCAAAAUCAUCCAGCGCAGCCUCCUAGCAGUCAAAGGAAUCUUUUCGUGACCCAUGAAUCCUAUCUCGUCAGUCCUCUGCUGAAGACCCU